CACGCACUUCCUCAAAUGCAAUGAGCAGUGUGCCGAGAGCGGCCCCAGCCUUUUGGUGCAGGCUGGGGCCACAUUGCUGCAUCCCCACGCAAAGCGGGGGAGCAAAAAGUGGAGCAAAAAAGGCGCUGUUGCCUCCGCGGUGUUGGGGAAGCAAGACAAGAGCUUUACAGGAGAGCAGAGCAGGAAAGGACUUUUAUGGGGUUGCUCGCAGCCGCUCACAGAUGAGGGAGGAGGAAGUACGUUGGCAAAUCAACCCUCGCCGAGCUUUUGCUCUUCGUGGGGGGAAUCGCACCCUGGGCGCAAGAUCCCUGUGGGGCUACCCAAGCUCCACUUCAGCCCAUCUCCUAAGUGUGCCCCUUCGAAAAACAAAAAUAAGCUCUUUCUGAUCCAAAAUGUCCCUCAAGCUGCCGCGGAACUGGGAUUUCAACCUGAAAAUGGAUGCUGCGAAAAUAGCCCGCUCCAAGAGCGUGAUGAGCGGUGAGGCAGCAGGCGCCCGGCCAGGCUCCCCCAACCCGCUGGAGCGGCCCCUGAAGAUCGGCUGGCUGAAAAAGCAGCGCUCCAUUGUCAAGAACUGGCAGCAGCGGUACUUCGUGCUCAAGGGCCAGCAGCUCUACUACUACAAGGACGAGGAUGAUGUCAAGCCGCAGGGCUGCCUGUCUCUCCAGGGAAGCACCAUAAAGGAGGUGGCUGGCAACUCAGAGGAUGGAGGGAAGUUUAUCUUCGAAAUCAUCCCAGGGAUCUCUGGAGAUCUGAACCGGGCAGGGCAGGACACCUGUGUGCUCAUGGCUACUUCCCAGUCCGAGAUGGAGGAGUGGGUUAAAUCCAUCCGACGGGUGCUGGGCUCAGCAUCAGGAGCGGUGUUUGGCCAACGCUUGGCAGAGACCAUGGCCUAUGAGCAGAAAUUUGGGCAGCACCAGGUGCCCAUCCUGGUGCAGAAGUGUGCUGAGUUCAUCCGGGAGCACGGCGUGAAUGAGGAGGGCAUCUUCCGCCUCCCUGGCCAGGACAACCUCGUGAAACAGCUCAGGGACGCCUUUGACGCCGGGGAAAGGCCAUCAUUUGACAGGGACACAGAUGUGCACACCGUGGCCUCCCUGCUCAAGCUCUACCUGCGGGAGCUCCCCGAGCCGGUUGUGCCCUGGAUACAGUAUGAGGAUUUCCUGCUGUGUGGCCAGGCACUGGAUAUGGAUGAGAGAAAGGGUCAUCAGGAACUUCUGGAGCAACUGUCCCUCCUUCCCAGAGACAACUACAAUCUCCUCAGCUAUAUCUGCAGAUUUCUACAUGAAAUACAGUUAAACUCUAGUGUCAACAAGAUGAGUGUGGAUAACCUGGCAACAGUGAUUGGAGUGAACCUCAUCAGACCCAAGAUAGAGGAUCCUGCAACUAUUAUGAGAGGCACACUGCAGAUCCAGAAAGUGAUGACUGUGAUGAUCAGUGACCAUGCAGACCUCUUUCCCCCAUCCAAGGAUGUGCUGCCCUCCCCACCAACCCAACAAAAUGACAAGAAAGCUCCCAUCCCGCGCAGCUCUGUGGGCUGGGAUGCUGCAGAGGACAUCAUUGUGCCCAGGACGGACAGCUUGAUCCAAAGGCAAACGGUAAAGAGAGACAACCUGAAUGCCAGCAGUGCUCCCAGACUGGCUGUCAGCUCAAGUGCACCCAGCGAAGAUAAUGGCAUGCAACCCUCCAAAGAUACACUAGGAAUAUGGAAAGCACAAUCAAGGAAAAGAACUCAAACUUUACCUAACAGGAAAUCUUUCCUGACAGCUGCUUCUCCGGGGGAGAAAGGCAACAAUGACAAAAAUGACAUAUUUGCGAGUGACUUUUGGAAAGGCUCCCCAGGGAGCAGCAUGCGCUCUGUAACCUCUGAAGGACAUAAGAGAACAUUAUCCCAUGAUCUUUUCAAGCUGCUUGAUCUUCACCGGGCUUCAACUUACGACAAUGUGCCUACCUCUCCAGCAGAAAGUGGAGAAGGCAGCAGCUCCAGCCCCAUCCCUGAGAGCAGCAGCUCUGAUAAGGAAUUCCAACCCUGCCCUAGUCCCAGCCACCAGUCAAAGGAGCCGUCCAGUCCUGCCAGCAGCCCUGCUGAGGUCUCCCAGCUUGAUCCAGAAAGCAAGGAGUUUCUGCAAAACACGAUCCUGAAGCUGGAGAAAGAAAUGGAGGCACAAAAAAAUGAAUAUGUGGAACAAAUUAAAAGCCUCGAGAAGGAAAACUAUGAAGUCUGGGCCAAGGUGGUGAGGCUGAACCAGGACAUUGAGAGGGAGAAGAAGAAGUCUGAGGAACUGGAGCUGAAGCUCAUGAACCUGGAGCGUUCUCGGGAGGACUUGGAGAAGAAAAACAAGGUGCUUGAGGAGGAGAUAAAAAACAUUGCUAAAUCCAGGAGCAAAAAUGAUGCCAAAAACAACUAGGUGAAGACACUCAGCUGGGCACAAACAUAAAAUGCAGCUGAAUGAAUCCAAAGAAAUUGCCAAGCAGGAUCAGAACCAGGGACUUGUAUUGUCCAAUGUCCUGCUACUGACCUUGGGCUGGUGUAGAGGAUGGAGCCCAGAAGUUAGAGCAUAGUUUAGGCUCUGAAACAGGAAAUUUCAAAAAUAUCGUUUAGCUUUUUUCGUGUGUUUUUUCAACUCCUCUUUUGGCUGCUCAACUUACCUGCAGAACUGGCCAACACCUCUUGCUGCUCAAUCAAAAUAUCUUGCAUGCAGGUUAAGGAUACAUGAUGGCUUUAUAAAAAACACAAAAACAAACAAACAAAAACCAUCAAGAGUCCUUCUUGCCAGCCAGCUGGGUCUUUGUUGGAGACACCAACAGUGCUUCUGAGUGGAACAAAACACCCAUAAAUCCUGGAUUUGGGCAGAUGGAAAAGCCCCAAGGUCUAGGGUGGCACAGCUUGUCUCAGUGUCCCUGGAUGCUGCGCUGCAAAUGCUGUCAGCAAAGAAAACGAAACAUUUGCAUUAAUACAUGCACUCGAUUACUGCUCUUAUAGAGCAAGAGAUGCCUAGCCAGCCUAUCGGGUCCACCGAGAAGUCUCAUACUGCAUCACUUGAUGUGCUCUGCCAUUGAUAUCAAGGCUCCGGGUGUAAAAUCACAAAAAUUGCAAAAACCUCAUUAGCUAAAUGGUUGUUCAGUUAUUUUAAGUCACUGGUCCUUAUGGUCAUUUGUAUAUAGAUCCAGCACAGCUGCUGUCGAGACUUUGGUGAGCAGUUUCACACAUCUAUACACAGAGUUCUUUGUGCAGCGGGAGUCCACCAGCAACUUUACUCGGUACAGAAAAUGGAUCUUCUGCCAUUUCCCUGGCAGUUUUCACACAAAAAUAGAUCUCGAUUUAUUUCCUGCCUCUGUUUUCAUUUUUCAUUAUUUCAUCAUUGUAGAAUAGAAUUCCAAUGGCCACCUCAGUGGAAACCUGGGUUUGCAGCACAGUAGUGAUACUGGAUCUCUCUCCAUCACUUGCUGCUGUCAGCAUACGAACUAACUGAACCCAAGGGUCUCAUGGUGCAGGUUUGGCAAACUGUAAACCUGUUGCUUUGGCUGCUUGUUUUUCCACUCUCUGCAAGGACUACAAUGCUGCUGAAGCUUUGGUGUAGGAAAGAAAAUAACAGGACUCUGAAACCCUUCACUUAUUUAUGUUCAGAAGGGUGACCCACAAUACACAGCCUUAGCCCAGCCAUCAUGGGAACAGAAGGGGGAUCUGCAAGAGUUUUGAACCGAGACUUCUAGGACCAAAUACAUGCUUCUGUGCUAAGCACAGUGGGAGUUAAUGCAACAAUAUUGGAUUACUGUUACUGAGGACUUGACAUGAAAUUUCUGCUCAAGACAGGAUGCAGACCUGCUUGGCAGAGCCUGCAUGAGAAAAAAGGACUGGAGAGUGAAAUGGAUGCAGAGGAAACUAUGUGAAAAGAGGCAGAUGGGAGUGGGAAAAUGUUAAUAGAGAAUAAAAGUCAAUAUUGGGUAUACUGCA